CGACCGCCAUCCGCGCAGCCCACGCCCCUCUCCCCCACUGCGCGCGGGCCCCACCCGCCGGCCCGCCGGCCACCGGAACUAAUAAGGUGGGCGCGGGCCCAACUAGAAAAGGCCGACCCGACCCGCCGCUUACUUCGUCCAUCAGCUCUCUUUCUUCCUUCUUCCUCCCCAACUCCUCCGCCCUCUCGACCUCAUCGCCCACCACCCACGCAAGCGCCUGGAUCGCCGCCGGUCCCGACCAUGGAUCCCUACAAGCACCGGCCGACGAGCGGGGCCAACUCCGGCUACUGGACCACCAACUCCGGCGCGCCCGUCUGGAACAACAACAACGCCCUCACCGUCGGGCAGCGAGGACCUAUCCUCCUUGAGGAUUACCAUCUGAUUGAAAAGCUUGCGCAGUUUGACCGGGAGCGUAUCCCUGAACGUGUUGUUCAUGCACGGGGAGCCAGUGCAAAGGGAUUCUUUGAGGUGACUCAUGAUGUUUCUCAGCUCACAUGUGCUGACUUUCUCCGGGCUCCUGGGGUUCAGACCCCGGUUAUUGUCCGGUUCUCUACUGUCGUGCAUGAGCGUGGAAGCCCUGAGACCUUGAGGGAUCCACGUGGUUUUGCGGUGAAGUUCUACACCAGAGAGGGUAACUUUGACCUUGUUGGGAACAACAUGCCUGUGUUUUUCAUCCGAGAUGGGAUGAAGUUCCCUGACAUGGUCCAUGCUUUCAAGCCAAGUCCAAAGACCAACAUGCAGGAGAACUGGAGAAUAGUUGACUUCUUUUCGCACCACCCGGAGAGUCUGCACAUGUUCACCUUCCUCUUUGAUGAUGUUGGCAUUCCACUCAACUACAGGCACAUGGACGGUUUUGGUGUCAACACCUACACCUUAAUCAGCAGGGAUGGAAAGGCGCACCUUGUUAAGUUCCAUUGGAAGCCUACAUGUGGUGUGAAGUGCCUCUUAGAUGAUGAAGCCGUUACUGUAGGAGGCACCUGCCACACCCAUGCCACAAAGGACUUGACCGAUUCUAUUGCAGCUGGGAAUUACCCAGAAUGGAAGCUCUUCAUUCAGACCAUUGAUGCUGAUCAUGAGGAUAAAUUUGACUUUGACCCUCUUGAUGUCACCAAGACCUGGCCAGAGGAUAUCAUCCCAUUGCAACCAGUUGGACGGAUGGUGCUCAACAAGAACAUUGAUAAUUUCUUCGCAGAAAAUGAACAGCUUGCUUUCUGCCCAGCAAUCACUGUCCCUGGAAUCCACUACUCUGAUGAUAAGCUGCUCCAGACAAGGAUUUUCUCCUAUGCUGAUACCCAAAGGCACCGUCUUGGUCCAAACUACUUGAUGCUUCCUGUGAACGCCCCGAAAUGUGCUCACCACAACAACCAUCAUGAUGGCUUAAUGAAUUUCAUGCACAGGGAUGAGGAGGUGAACUACUUCCCUUCAAGGUUUGAUCCUACUCGUCAUGCUGAACAGUACCCUAUCCCUCCUCGCGUUCUAUCUGGCUGCCGGGAGAAGUGCAUUAUCGAGAAGGAGAACAAUUUCAAGCAGGCUGGCGAGAGAUACCGAUCCUUCGACCCUGCCAGGCAAGACCGUUUCCUACAGCGGUGGGUUGAUGCGCUCACGGAUGCUCGCGUAACCCAUGAAAUCCAGGGCAUCUGGGUCUCAUACUGGUCACAGUGUGACACGUCCCUCGGGCAGAAGCUGGCAUCGCGGCUCAAGAUUAAGCCGAGCAUGUAGAUGGAAAAGGAGGAGAGAACCAGUCGCUCACCCGCCUCGGUUGGUUCGGUGGACCCAAGGAGGGUGCAGCAUGAACUGAAUCUGUUCUGUGGGGGUGUAGCCAUGAAUAAAAAAGUGUAACAGUGAAAUGAAUAUCGUGUGUAAUACCGAUGAACAAUGUUGGUGGGUGUUGUGAGCCGGUGUUGCCGGGUUCGUCACUUCGUCUGUCGUACUGUGUCUGUGCAAAAGAGGAAAUAAAAGACAUUGUGUUGGUUAA